AUGCGUAUUCGUUUUCUUGUUUUCCUUUUUUUUAUCUAUGGAAUAAAUAGUCAUGGUCAACAUGGGAGUGAUAGCCAAAUUCCUACCGGUGAACAACCACAUAUAUCUCGAAAAAUGGAAGAUCAUGUAUAUGACAUAAACCAUAUUCGAAAAGAUCUUCAAGGUCAAAUAAAUAAACCAACAGAAGAUUUAACAGCGGAAGAAAAAAAAUUUUAUUAUUUUAAAUUACAUGAUACAAAUAGUGAUAACCGUUUAGAUGGUUUGGAAGUCGUAGCUGCAUUCAAUCAUGAACAUCAAGAUGAAGAUAUUUAUGAUUCUAGUAUAUAUGAACAAAAUAAUACACAAUCUGAACGUAUUGGUGAUGAAGAACUUAUGUAUCUUAUUGAUGAUAUAUUUAAAGAAGAAGAUCUUGAUCAUGAUGGAUAUAUUAGUUAUGAAGAAUUUAAACAUGCAUUAGAAAGUGAUAUAAUAACAGAAGAAUAA